AUGGGUCGAAAGCAGGUUUUGUCGAUUCCCGCUGUACGGAACCUCGCUGGUCUAGCGGCAUUCCUCAUUAUUCUAUUGAAUUUGUUCGGCAACUACCUGUUCGGGAGCCUGAAAUAUACUGCUCAACGUAGCCUUUUGAAAGCCAACCUUGAACCACUGAAUGAAACUCUCGGGUUCGAAAGGAUUGCGGUUGUAUCAUCGGGAACAUCUUGGAGACUACAUGGCCUCGUCGAGGCAACCGAAUUCACCAAUCUUUACAUUGACGUGCCAUCCCAGCCUGUUUGGACGGAUACUGAAGUUGACGAGUUUCGUGGUUAUCGGGUCCAUGGCCGGCAUGGGGAGCUUGGCCCAGGACAGGCACGGUGUUGGUUAGGCCAUCUGAAUAUAUGGCGGCAAAUGCUGUUGCAAAAGUGGUCCACCGCUUUGAUUAUGGAGGAUGACGCAGACUGGGAUAUUGCUAUCAAGCAGCAGUUGCUUCGAGUCGCACCCCUCAUCCAAGAAGUGACGGGAGCCACGGACUGGUCGUCACCUUACGGAAACUCGUGGGACCUCCUUUGGCUUGGCCACUGCGGCGACUAUAUCCCCUUGCAACUAGCAUCAUUUGUAGAUGAGACGCUUCCAGGAUCACCAAUGUACCGUGAGAAUGAUGGGAGAUUCACCGAGUUUCCUCAUCAGCAGAGGAUGGUUCACAUGUCUGUCGGCCCGAUAUGCACAUACGCAUAUGCGCUCACUGCUUCGGCUGCGUCGAAACUCUAUCAACUUUCCAGCUCCGGUAUGGAUAAACUGAUCACUACGCAUUUGCGAGAAUGGUGCCAGGAAGGAUUCUUGAAAUGUGUCACGGUAAACCCGGAGCUCUUUCACCAUCACAAACAGGCCGGUGAGAUUUCAAGUGAGAUUGGAGUUGUCGAAGGCUGGGAGAAUCGAUCGGCAGUUGACUUUACGCCUAAUAUACGAUACAGUGCGCGAUGCAGUAGCAAGAAAAAGAGGCCCGCGGCCUGCCAACUCGAAUUUGAUCCAGUUUGA